GCAACAACAACCACAACAACAACAGCUAACUCCUUCUCUUCAACUUUCAUCACAUCACUCACUCGCAGGUGUCGGUGUUCGCGGUGUUGGGGACACACCGACAGACAGAUACACACGAGGACAGCAGUGUGUGAAGCGGGAGCAAAGGAAGAAGAGGAGCAGGCAUGUUCCGCCGCAGCCGCAAAACGCUGGAGCGCCAGCCUGCCCAACGCAGCAGUACCGGUCGCUCCAUUCACCGUGAUUUCACGCACCAGCGUUCACUUGACUCUGCCGUCAUCGCUGGACCAGAGUACUUGCAGAAAUGGGCGCUGGCGCUGUUGUCCAAGGUCGAGAAGCCCGCGUUUCUGCUGUGCAGCAAAUUCUUGCUCACAGUGGUGCACAACAUCGUCCAGCACCCUGAGAAGCAGCUGUACCGGCGCAUGCAGACGUCCUCAACCACUGUGAAGCGAGCGCUGGAAACAGAGGCGGCACAGCGUCUGUUGGACUUCAUUGGACUGCAGCGCCAGGGGGACGCGUACAUUCUCGACGGAGACCUGUCCCACGAUGACCAGCAGCGACUAGAGUGGCUGGAGGAGGCCCUCAUCAGCACGCGCAAGAAGCUGUUUGUGCUUGAGGCCUGGGAGCUCUUUGUUCAGGACAUUCAGCUCGACCACCGCAUUGGCGCUGGAAGCUUUGGCGAUGUGUACAUUGGCACCCACAAAGGGCAGCAAGUGGCCAUCAAGACGCUCAAAGCGAACGUGCGCCCGGACUUGCGUGAAACCUUCUUCCAGGAGGCAGACAUCAUGAAGACCUUCAAGCAUCCCAAUGUGCUCGGUCUGAUUGGCGUUGUGAUGCGCAAGAAACCCAACGUCAUUGUCAUGCCGCUCAUGGACACAAACUUGCAAGACGUGCUGCGCGGCGAAGAGGGCUCUCUCGGGGAAUCGCUGACGAAAGCGAUGGAGGUGGCUGCUGGUCUCGAGUACAUCCACCACCAGAACAUUCUCCACUGCGACCUCGCCGCCAGAAACAUCCUCGUCUCAAAGGCGGGACAGCUCAAGAUUGCCGACUUUGGCCUUGCGCGCGCCGCGGAUUCGCCCGACUGCGACGUGUCCGAUCGCACGUUCCCAAUCCCCGUCCGCUGGUCCGCGCCAGAGGUCUGGCAGACACGCAUCCUCUCCAAGAAGACAGACAUCUGGUCAUAUGGUGUUGUGUUCUUUGAGAUCAUGACCGCUGGUGCCGUCCCGUACGUGCGAUGGAAGAACGCACAAGUCAAGCAGGAGGUCGCUGAUGGCUACCGGCUCCCGUGUCCGGCAGAAUGUCCGGAGGAAUUCCACCGCAUCAUGAUGAAGACGUGGAGCGAAGAUCCGAACGAGCGCCCAUCCUGCACAGACAUUGUCCUGGAUCUGGUUCAACUGAAGACGAAAAUGGCAGACAAACUCGCCGAGAAGCGCCGGCUGCAAACCCUCCGCAGACAAACGAGUGAAGAUCGGCCUGUGCUCAGCAGACAGACGUCUGGCGACCUCGCCCAGAGCCGAGCCCGCACACCGCGCACUGCGACGGGGCUCGGGCCGUUCACGUUCUUCAUGCAGCAGAUCAGGGAGCAGAACGAAGCGAACGCCGACGACUCAACGGCACAGGACGACGCCAGUGCGCAUGAGGGCACGGGCGGCGGAGACGAGGCGUUACAGGCUGCCGUCUGGUAUCACGGCCGCAGAUCAACAAAGAUCAUCAAGGAAGUCACCGAGCCUCUGCUGCGAAACGAGGGUGACUUUAUGGUUCACGAGACCAGGAUUCCCGGAGAAUACAUCCUGUCCGUCAUGUGGCGCAUUCCGUUGCACGUGAAGUUGACAAAGGAUCGGCGCGGUGUCAUUGCGUGCGGCGAUCAGGAGUUUUCCUCCAUCUCCGACCUCGUGCAGCAUUACGUCAGGACAGGCGAGCCCAUCACAUAUGGAUCAAAGCGGCUGAUUCUGCGCCGGGCAAUUGACCACGACGAUCAGAUUGAGGGCGAAAUCAACGACGCAGACGAGGAGGAUGAUACGGGAACGCGCCGCGACCAUCACGUCUUCAUCUCAUAUCAGGUUGAGACGGAGGGUGCGCUGGCGCGCGACGUGUACGAUGCAAUGCAGUCCACAGAGUCUGCAGGAUCAAACCUCAUCUGCUUCCUUGACCAAUACGACCUCAGCCAAGUCCCUGGCGAGGACCCGUGGCUUGGGGGAAUUCGCAGUGCCAUCCUCAGCGCAAAGGUGUUUCUCGUGCUCAUCUCUGAGAACGCUCUGACACUCACGCAAACGGACGACUUUGACGGCACGCUCGUCAUGCAACUUGCGGCUGCUGUCGACCUGCACAAGAAGAAUCAGAUUCAACUCGUGCCGGUGUUUGUCGGACGAAACAUCCAAAUCAACCACCCGUCAAAACCAAACAAGGUCUUCACCGUCUAUGACAGUUAUGAUCUCUUUGACGCUUCGGAUUUCCCAGACGACCCCGUCGCCGAGGACUGGCAGAUGACGACCCGGCAGGUUCUGGAUUACAUCUUCUCACUCCGAGACGAAGGAUUUGUCCUCAACCCGGAAGAGGACGACAUUCAGUCGCUCUGCAAUUCAAUCGUCGAAAAGUGCUUGCAGAGGGAUCCACAACUCCUGGAGGCGAACAACACGCAAUCUGUAACGGGCGGUGAUGGCGACAGCGGCAGCACAACGCCGAAGAAAGCAGAGAAGAAACAGCAGCAGCUGUCUGUGCCCACGAGCGAAACACCAGAGAGCAAACCGCAGUACCUCAGCAGCAGCCACGCAACGCGCAUGCGCCUGUCGCGAAGGAGGACCAAGUGGUAUCAGGAGGACUCCUCUGCAUGA